AUGGACCAUUCCAGCCAUAACCAAAGAUUCUCUAGGCAAGACGUGGAUGACUCCAAUGAGUACGCUCAAGGAUGGGAGGACACUGAUACAUUUGGAACAAUUAUGGAAGCUGUAACACAACAAUCUCACUUGCAGCCAUCAACGGAUGUGAGAUUCGCCGGCCAUAAUUACGACUCACCUGCGUGGGAACAACCACAAUAUCCUGCGUAUCAUCAAAAUUGGCCUAGCAUGUAUCCAUCUCAUGGCAGGUCCCGAGUCUUGAUCGGUGUACCUGGCUCCGAAGCCGGAUACGCCAGCUCAUUUCAAACGAGCAAGACAAAUUGGCUCAUCCAAAUGCAAGUACCGAGAUCAGGUGAUCUCUCUGCGUCGUCAAGUCAGACACCUCCUUCAUGGAGAAGAAGUCGUGGCAGACCAUCUGAUUUUAAGUCCACUUCCAACAAACCUAAAAAGGAAAGGAAGAAAGAGUUUCUCUCCCCAGGGAUGGAUAACAUCAUCAACACCGGCCGCAAAGUCAUGGGGGCAACGCUUGAAGCUUUUAGAGCUUCCAAGGCAGCUAAUUUCUGUGCCGAUGGCCCAGCGCUGUCUCAUUGGGCUACGUUAACCCCGACAACAGAUCCCGGCGUGUGGUCGACCCCUACAAGGCGGGGUAAGACUUUCAAGGAGAUCCGAGGGCAUAAAGGACUUCCUGUGAUGACUGCUAGAGAGCUGUAUAUGGGUCAAUGGAGUUGUCAGUUGACCUUGACGUUCGCUUCUUCAGGUAAAACCAUAACAGGUACGGGUAUGACUCCGAAGAGCGGCGAGUCUUUGGAUUUUCGUCAAGUAGGAUUAUUAGAUGACACUUCCAUAGACCAGAGUGAACCAUUUUCAAAGAAAACCAAACGCAACGCUGAUCUGUUAUACCAGAGAAUCAAAGCUGAACAUUCACCCCUCCAACAAGCUCGUGUAUCAUACGUAUGCUUUGAAGAACAUAGCGAUCGGUAUGAUGUUCAGGUACCCUGCACUGUUCUGACGCAAUACGGUGUUCUUCCAGCAAGUAUCAGUGUAUUCCUGGACGUGGAGCUUUUGAACUCUUCCGAAUGUUUGGAUCAGGAUAAUGAACCUUAA